AGAGAGAGAGAGAGUCGCGGGGGGAGCGGAGCGGAGCAGACGCGAGCGGAGGGUCGAGGUGUCGGGUUGUGUCGGUGAGCUCCACGCAGAAGAGAAGACCACGGGGGUGUCUACGAGCCGCGGCACCACGUCCACCUGCUGCCGUGAACGAAGCGAGGGUCGUUCUGCGGUCAAGACUGCUGAGAUGGCGAGGCUGUGACAGCGGCGUGUCCCAAGUGUGCGUCUGCGUUACCGGACCGGCUCCUCCGACAUGGCUGCUGCUAAGAAGAGUCGCGCAAAGUCGGGAGGCGUGCGCUUCUCAGAGGAACCCGCCGCCGCCGGAGCCCCAUCGCACGUCCACUUCGACGAGAAGCUGCACGACUCCGUCGUCAUGGUGACGGCGGAGGACGAUGGCAACUUCCUGGUCAAGGUCGGCUUCCUGAAGACGCAGCAUCGAUAUGAAAUAGUGUUCAACUUGCCCGAGGUCCCGGCUCUGGGGAAGGACGUGUGUCCGGCGCCCGUGCCCAGUCCACACCUCCGGAUCACUGACAUCACACCGGCGACCGAGGGAGGUCUGAAGGUGACGUGCGAGUACAUGGCCCAGCAGGAGGGAGUCCUGUGCGAGGAGGUGCUGCUGCUGAGCGAGACCAACGAGGACGUGUGCAUCAAAGUCAAAGUUCACGCCAGGGUCAUGGAUCGUCACCACGGGACGCCCAUGCUGCUGGAGGGGGUCCGUUGCAUCGGCGUGGAGCUGGAGUACGACUCUGAACAGAGCGACUGGCAAGGAUUUGACUAAGUCUCCCCAAAGUUCCUGCUCCCCUGCCUCCAGCCCCCGAAAGUACACAAACACACACGAGUGCACGCCCCAUCUCUGCCGUCAUAGGACUGUACACCUAUACCAAAAUACACACACACACCCAAACACACACCUGUCAUCGUCACACAUGGCCACACACACAUGCAGCAUUUCAAGCACCAGUGUGGUUCAGUUCCUAACUCAUGUUCAGAUGUGGCGCUCAGAGGAAGUGGAAGUUCGCGCCCUGAGAACAUUUACACUGCUAAAGGCUUUCACCACAGCGACAGCACCUGAGCGGACAUUUUGGCUCUUUGCUGCUUCUUCUUCUUCUUCUGCUUCUUUCUGCAGCUGCUCCAACUUUGCCCCGUAUCCUCUGCUGUCAUUCGUCCAGAGGGCAGAUGUGUUUUCCCCAGCGCGUCUCGCCUCCUGACGUGCAAAAUUGUGAAAACUUUCAUCCCACAUAGAUUUUCAAAUGCAAAGGUGUAAAUAAAGCCUCGUCUAUUCAUUUCAAAGCAAAAAGAUGCUAGAGGAAGGAACACGACUGCCCAUUUCACCUGAUAUGAGAGGCAGUGCUGAGCGUGCACCGUCGCAGUUUCACCACCAAGGGGCGCCGUAGACCACUGUAUGUUCUUGCUCCCCAAAAAGAAAAUCCCUUGACAUUUUUUAUCAUCUGUAUAAUUAAAGUCUGCCAGGAUCAAAGCUUUUCUCGGCUUGUUAUAUAUAUAUAUAUAUAUAUAUAUAUAUAUAUAUAUUCAUUUUUUUCUCCUUCUUUUUUUCCUGGACUGCCUUGUAGUCGAUUCCCAAUGACUGGGUUUGAAGUUGAUUCAGUAGAUGCAGGUGAUAUUGUCAUUAGAGAAAGGAGGGUUUUUUUUCUGUCAUAAAGGGGGGUUUUUUUGUCAUAAAAAAAAAAACAACAACUCUUUUAUUGGGAGGAAGUAAAACCUGAGGUCGACUGUCGACGCUGUAGAUCCCCGAUUCAAAACUUCCUGCAAAAUGACACGUUCAACAACAACAACAUUUGUGUCUUGUUGUGCUCGAAAAAUAUCCCGACAAGUUGUCACGUUCGGCCACUUCCCACAGAAUUAAAAACAACAACAACAUCAACAACAACUGAACAACAAAACUUUUCGGAGAAUAUUGAAGCAAACAGAAAUCAUUAGUCCGAUCAACAGGAAAUCAAUCAAUCACUCCGCCCGCAGCUAUUUUGAUAACUGAUCAAUCAUUCAUUACAUUUUUCAAGCCAAAUAUUAUAAUAGUGUGUGUGUGGGACUUUCUUGCACUUCCCUGUUUUAUAUUAAUACUAUUUAAAAUCUCUUUGGAGAGUUGGUUGGACCAAAGGUCAUACUGGGGAACUUCUUUAAUAUUUCAUAUUUUAGAAGGUUUGAAUGUAUUAAAUCAUUAAUCAAAGAAAAUAGAAUUUGGUCGCCGCGUUAAAGUUCUAUGGCUGGAUUUUGCAGUAC